GUUGUUAAACAGUUUCUUACCGUAAGAGGGAGUUCAGACCUAGAUCUUUCCAGUUAAUCACACAACAAAUUUAGCUCAUCGCAAUAAAAAGCUGCUCAGAGCCGACUGGGCUCUCUUAGGCACUGAGUCGAAGCAGGAUUCCUUUACCCAGGCAUCGCCUCCGGUGGGGUCCGCGGGCGGCCAGCAGCACCAUGUGGGUGACCAAACUUUUGCCAGUCCUGCUGCUACAGCAUUCCCUCCUCCAUCUCCUCCUGCUGCCCAUCGCCAUCCCCUAUACAGAAGGGCAGAAGAAAAGAAGAAACACACUUCACGAAUUCAAAAAGUCAGCAAAGACUACUUUGUUUAAAGAAGACCCAUUACUGAAGAUUAAAACAAAAAAAAUGAACACUGCAGACCAAUGUGCCAAUAGAUGUAUUAGGAAUAGAGGACUUCCCUUUACUUGCAAGGCCUUUGUUUUUGAUAAAGCAAGAAAACGAUGCCUGUGGUUCCCCUUCAAUAGCAUGUCCAGUGGAGUGAAAAAAGAGUUUGGCCAUGAAUUUGACCUCUAUGAAAACAAAGACUAUAUUAGAAACUGCAUCAUUGGUAAAGGACGUAGCUACAAGGGAACAGUGUCUAUCACUAAGAGUGGCAUCAAAUGUCAGCCCUGGAAUUCCAUGAUCCCCCAUGAACACAGCUUUUUGCCUUCGAGCUAUCGGGGUAAAGACCUACAGGAAAACUACUGUCGAAAUCCUCGAGGGGAAGAAGGGGGACCGUGGUGUUUCACAAGCAAUCCAGAGGUACGCUACGAAGUCUGUGACAUUCCUCAGUGUUCAGAAGUUGAAUGCAUGACCUGCAAUGGGGAAAGUUACCGAGGUCCCAUGGAUCAUACAGAAUCAGGCAAGACUUGUCAGCGCUGGGAUCAUCAGACGCCGCAUCGGCACAAAUUUGUGCCAGAAAGAUAUCCCGACAAGGGCUUUGAUGAUAAUUAUUGCCGCAACCCCGAUGGCAAGCCGAGGCCAUGGUGCUAUACUCUUGACCCUGACACCCCUUGGGAGUACUGUGCAAUUAAAAUGUGCGAUCAUAGUACUAUGAAUGACACGGACGUCCAUAUGGAAACAACUGAAUGCAUUCAAGGUCAAGGAGAAGGUUACCGGGGCACCGUCAAUACCAUUUGGAAUGGAAUUCCAUGUCAGCGAUGGGAUUCCCAGUAUCCUCACCAACAUGAUAUAACUCCUGAGAAUUUCAAGUGCAAGGACCUAAGACAAAAUUAUUGCCGAAAUCCAGAUGGGGCUGAGUCACCCUGGUGUUUUACCACUGAUCCAAACAUCCGAGUUGGCUACUGCUCCCAAAUUCCAAAAUGUGAUGUGUCAAGUAGACAAGAUUGUUAUCGUGGGAAUGGCAAAAAUUAUAUGGGCAACUUAUCUAAGACACGAUCCGGACUAACAUGUUCUAUGUGGGAGAAGAACAUGGAGGAUUUGCACCGGCAUAUCUUCUGGGAACCAGAUGCUAGUAAGCUGAAUAAGAAUUACUGCCGGAAUCCUGACGAUGAUGCCCACGGUCCCUGGUGUUACACGGGGAAUCCUCUCAUUCCCUGGGAUUAUUGCCCUAUUUCUCGUUGUGAAGGAGAUACCACACCUACAAUAGUCAAUUUAGACCAUCCUGUAAUAUCUUGUGCCAAAACAAAACAAUUGCGAGUUGUAAAUGGAAUUCCAACACGAACAAAUGUAGGAUGGAUGGUUAGUUUGAAACACAGAAAUAAACAUAUCUGCGGAGGAUCAUUGAUAAAGGAAAGUUGGAUUCUUACUGCAAGACAGUGUUUCCCUUCUCGAAACAAAGACUUGAAAGACUAUGAAGUUUGGCUUGGAAUUCAUGAUGUCCAUGGAAGAGGAGAUGAGAAACACAAACAGGUUCUAAAUGUUUCCCAGGUGGUGUAUGGGCCUGAAGGAUCAGAUCUGGUGUUACUGAAGCUUGCUAGACCUGCUGUCCUGGAUGAUUUUGUUAGUACAAUUGAUUUACCUAAUUAUGGAUGCACAAUUCCUGAAAAAACCACUUGCAGUGUUUAUGGCUGGGGCUACACUGGAUUGAUCAACUCUGAUGGUCUACUACGAGUGGCACAUCUCUAUAUUAUGGGGAAUGAGAAAUGCAGCCAAUACCAUCAAGGGAAAGUGACUCUGAAUGAAUCCGAAAUAUGUGCUGGAGUUGAAAAUAUUGCAACAGGACCAUGUGAGGGGGAUUAUGGUGGCCCACUUGUCUGUGAGCAGCAUAAAAUGAGAAUGGUCCUUGGUGUCAUUGUUCCCGGUCGUGGGUGUGCCAUUGCAAAUCGUCCUGGAAUUUUCAUCCGAGUAGCAUAUUAUGCAAAAUGGAUACAUAAAAUUAUAUUAACGUAUAAGGUACCACAGUUGUAGCUGAUGUAACUGUGUCUGGAGCUCCCAUCAGUACAACUCCUUUUCAAAUGAAGAUUCAGAGAACAUGGAAUUAAAAUGUCACUUAAAACAGUCCUAAGACAACUACUUGAGUGUCAUGUUUGUUAAGAUACUCAUUAAUAUUUAUGGGUGUUUCUGUUGUUUUGUAUGUCAGUGUUAUUUUGUAAAUGUUGAAGUGAAUUAAGGUACAUGCAAGUGUAGUAACAUAUCUCCUGAAGAUACUUGAAUGGAAUAAAAAAAUGCAAAAGUAUAAUCGUUGGAUGAUAAAAGAUUUAAUGGAAAAAUCAAUUAAUCUCUCUAUGCUGCUUUCCAAUGUUAGUUUCUUAAUAAUGAAUAAACCAUAAGUUCAACAUUAUUUUAACCUCACAAGAACAAUUUACACCUUGUUUGUCUAAAUUGUAACUCAAUAUUAAAUUAUAUUACCUUUUAUAUGCCAUACAUUAUUUCAUUCGUUUCUCCUUACUGUGUAUCCUGUAUUACUGAUACACACACUUGUUGUAAGAACAUGUAUCCAUACACACAUGCCCAGGUGCAGAUGUGCAUGCACUAGAGUUCGAAUUGUGGUGUAGCUAAUGUAACCCUUAAAUAUUCUGGGAGUGUAUAAUUGUAGUUUUUUCUUAAGGGAAAAAAGUAGAAAUUUCUAAAGACUGGUAGAAAUUUUAAGGAAAGGUAUAAGAUAGAAAUGACUAACUCUACCUAGUAUAUAAUCUGUAGAUGACCUCUACUGGUGGGCAUUUAAGGUGUGUUCAGAGUUAAAUGACUUUGACCCACAGAGUUAAAUAACACCUAAUCUAGGUCAUUAUUCAAUACAUAUAUUGAUCUUCCUAGUUCUUUUAUGUAUUUUCUAAUUCUUAAAGGGAAGAAAGUAAUAUGUGUUUUAGUAUCAUUUCUUUCCUCCCAAUUUAAGGCCACUGUUUUAAUGCAAAACAUUAAAAAAUUUAUUUUCCUAAAGUAUUUUUAAAGUUUUGAGACAACUAUUGUAAUUGAAGUUUAAAAGUAUUUUAGUGUUUAAAAUAUAUUUAAAUUAACUCGUAAGACUUGUUGUGAUUGGCUUUUAGCUAACCCUCUUUAAUUUUUAAAAAUUAUUUCAAAGGAAAAUUUCUGUGUCUCCAAAGAUUUGCAAAUAGCCCUUUCUCAAAUUAUGUAUUAAAGUAUAUAUUAAAGAAAAAAUUAGAAUACUUUUUUUACUUGAAAGUAUUUUAGCCUAAUAAAACUUUACUCAAGUAAAAAAAAAUGUAAAAGGAAAGAAAGAAAAUGGUGUCUAAACUCUGCAUUCAUUUACUCUUUAAGAAGUAGAGUUGAAUCUGCUGAUGAGGUAGUUCAUCAAGAUACCUUCAUUUUUAUCUUACUUCACUCUAUAGAGAUGGGAAAUAUUAUUCAAAUUUUGUAUUCUGUAUGAUAAUAAUGAAACGAUCACAUUGCUUUAUUUGUUGUAAUUAGCUAAAGAUCAUGUAUUUGUCAAAAAGUGAGAUAAGGAGUAAUAGGAUAGGUUCUGAAUUCUUACAAAAUCUUCCUGUAUGAAAUCUCUUUAAAAAUAAUUAUUUAAAUGACUCAAAUCGAGUAUUCCCACUCCUCCAACUGGUUUCUCUUAAAUGAUCCUUAUUAAGGCUAGGGAUUUUAUUAAGGGGUAAAAACACCACCACCAAUAAACCACCAGACAUGGUGCACAAAGUAGUUCUUUGUUAGGGAAUUUUCCUUUGUAAUAGAGGAAGAUGGGUAGAACUGAUAAUGAAGGCAAGAUGAAUGACAUCAUUAUUAUUUUAGGUGGUAGUACAGGGUAUGGUAUAAUCACGUCUUUUCUUCUGGUGAAUGAUACUAUUGCCUGGGCAUUCUUUUGUUGAUAAACUACAAAAAAUGGAAUAUCCAAUUUAUCCAAAACUCCAUUUUAUUUUCAGUCAUGGACAAAACAGUCUUAAAUUAGAAGUUUUCAAUGCUAUUUUUGUUUUGGAAUAAUGGUUACAUGUUAUAUUAAUUAUGGACAUUUUCUUAUGUCUACCAGGAAUAGUAAUGUAAAAUUAAAAUAUUUGCCAUAACUCCUCUGCUGUGCAGAAGGGAUGAUAAUCCUUUUGUAUACUUCUUUAUUUGUAUUGUAAAAUAUGUAAUGACUUUUACCUAUUUGCUGUGGGCAGGUCCUCAGUAAAAUGGUUUAUAUUGAAUCAAUCACUAGUAUUAACAGGCUCUUGCUUGCUAUCUAAGUGUUUCAAACUAUGGGAAAUGUGAGACACUGGAAGGCAAGAAAAAUAAUAAUAAUGGUAUGUAAUAGCAGAAUUCUAUUCCACUUAUUCCUGUGAAUAUUUCCUGUUGGUACCAAUGGUACUGUACAAAGUGAAUGUUAUAGCCACAACACUCUCUUGAAAAAUAACACUGUCAAGAAGUGAAAAAUUCCUUUCAGGCGAUUUGCUUGUUAUUUUGAAACAUUUUUUAAAGGAAAUACUAGUUUUGUAAUAUAGAGAUCAUGAUGUAAAUAAUUUUAAUAAACUUUCAUACUGAAAAACUGAAAAUUCACUUAACUGAGUUUUAAAAAUUGACAACUUAAAAACAAUUAUUUACAUCCCAUAUUUAUACACAAACUCAUUUGAAAAAUAAAAUUAAUUUGCAAAAAAAAGACAUAGUCUUUGUGUGAAUAAAUUACUUUUCACAAGUAAGUCCAAAAAUAAAUUAUCUUUCAAUGUCCAACUAAAUUCUGAACUAAGAAUUUACUAAUCAAAAAAGUUUCAAUUAUCUGGCACUUAUAAAUCUUGACAGUGUAAUUUUAAGUAGAUUCAUUUCCAUUUGCACAGAAAGUUUCUGUCUGUAGAAAACUGAAAAUAGAAUACUGUGGAUGUUAUGACUGUUUGUGUUGUGUGUGAUGGGAAAUUGAUAAGCUGCCUACUCAGUAGUAUAGCAGGAUGCUUACCCAACAAGGGAACACUGUGGUUAUGACAUGUAUAUGAAGUUAAUGUAGUUAAUAAAGUUAUUAUUUUUAUAGCCAUGAUCAUAUUAUUAUUAUUAAUAAAAUAUUUUACCAAAAUGUUCUUCUUCUUUAUUAAAAUUAUAUACAUGGACGUAUCUGAAUCUGCUCUAGGGCUUAAUGCAGAAAACAACAGCAGUGAUUUUAUUGACAGAAAUAACAUAAUUUGUUGCAAGA